AUGAAAUUAGAUAAUAAGGAUAGCGACAGCAACAACAGCAGCGCCGCGUGGCAAAAGAACCAAACUGAAAGUGCUCAGCAGAUGCAAACGGGACAUCACUAUCUAACAAAACAGCAAUCCAUAAGGAGUUUAUUUGAAGUUUCUUCUUCGUCACUGGCAAAUUCCCAUAGUUCAUCUUUAAGCUCAACGGUAUCGCCACAAUCGCAUUUCAAUCGAAGCAACACGAGUUCAAUAUCGACAUACGAGAAACACCAUCAACAACAUCACCAGCAUCUGCAGCACCAUCAGCACCAUCAGCACAAUCAACUCCAGCAGCACAAUAAGCAGCACAGUCAGCAGCACAUUCGCCAUCAGCACAAUCAGGAACACAAUCAGCAUCAGCCCCAACAGCAUGACCACCGCCAUCUGCAACACCAGCACCCGCAACAAGAUCAUAACAAUUUGAAAAAAAGUCUGAAAAAAGAAGAAGAGUCUGCUGAACCGAAAGCAAAAAUAGAAGAAAUGAAUGAAGAUGGCAAGGAAGAGGCUGCAAAGAGGCACAAGAUGUUGACGGGAGAGGAAGUUGUGCUCGAAGUAUAUCAAAAAAAGCUUUCACCUGUUUUGUCUCCACAAGUGUCUGCAAUAAGCAAAUUUGACUUUGAAUUCGAUAACUGGAGCUUGGACCCAAUCAGUAGCCAGAGGAUAGCCAGUACUACUGAGCCAGUGGAAGAAUUGAGAGAAAUCAAUCGCAACGACUACGAUUACGACUACAACUUAGACUACGACCACGACCAGGACAACGACCAGGACAACGACCAGGACAACGACAACGACGAAGAAACAAUGCCCCAGAUUCCAAACCCAGUGGGAGACGAACAUCAAGAUGAGGACAAGGAUCAGCAAGGCGAUGACGACGACGCGUUUUAUGGAGAAGUCGAGUCCAUGAUUGAAAGUUUAAAAGAGUUGACGUUGCUCGACAGAUUCAAGGGCAUGAUCAAGAAGAAUUCCAGUGGGAUGAUGCGGAAGCUCAAUGGCGGAGGUUCAUGCUUUGACUUAUCGGGGCUUCGUGCUAGCACCGACUCCAUACCAAAUUGCUCAAGUGCUGAAGUGUCGUCCUACCAGUCGACCAGUAAUGCAUUUACUGCACCACAAGCUGACGGUGGCAAGAUUAUUCAAUUCCAACAGGACCAAUUACCGAAAAGCUUGGAAAUGAAGGAGCUCAAGCCUCCAACUCCAUCGCCUAUAACUCAACAAGAAACAUUUCCUUUACUAGGACCGAGACGCAAGCGAUCACUUCUUCUCAAUUUCGGCAAAUUAGGAACAGAAGCAGGAGGCUCACUCACGGACCUCGGUGCCAUCAACACCAACACCAACACUACUCCGGAAGGCGCAUCUUCUUCUUUUUCCACCACCACCACCACCACCUCGUCCUCCCCGCAAAAAGCCCGGGGCAACAAAUCAUUUUUAUCAUCGUCAUCAUUAGCUCAUCGUAAACGCAGAUCAUUUCAGCCUCGUCACCGUGAAUCGAAAACGCGGCCACCGACACGUGGACUCAAGUCGAUAUUGAAGAGUAAAAUUAAUCACAAUUUCACUGUUGAGUUGGAAGAAUCUAUAAGACAGGAUUUGGUUCAAUUUGAUGAGUUUUGGCACAAGUUUGAAAUGAUUGAACAAGCAAAGAAUAAUUUAAGCAAUGAGGAAUUGCUUAAUCUGAUGCGGUUGGAGCAGGUUCGGAAUUACUACCUGGGGUUAUGA